AUGAAAAAAAUAAAAUUUUUUAGUAAAAUAAGAAGUGAAAAGAAAUUUCCAGCAAGUAGUUCGUCGAAAUCGAAAGUAUCAUUAGCAUCAACUGGUAGCAGUGCUGCUAUACCACGAUCGCCAUCAUCACAUAAAAGUGACGUGCAGCUUGCAGUAUUAAAAGAUGAAGACGAAAAUACAUUGAAAUGGAAGCAUUGCACGAAAUACAUUUAUGAAGCUGAACAUAUUUCAAUAAAACUUAAAGAAAUAGCAGCAGAAUGUGAGAAAGAUAUUGAAUUACGAGUAGCAAUGGAUGAUAUCGUUACAAAGAUAGAUGUAUGA